AUGAGCUCAGAGACAGAUAAGUCUGAAUUGAUUGCCAAGACAAACAUCAGUGCCACAGCCAUUCCUCCCACUGUCCUGAGUGAAAAGACAGUGACAGGAGGGAGCAUCAUGGAUGUAACCACAGCCCCCAGUCCAGGUGUCACCACCACCAUCACCACCAUGGAAACCAACUCAGUCCUGACGACCAUGCCCAAUGCAAAGGGGAGUUCUUCAGUGGUUACUUCUUCCACCAAUAGGGACAUCACUGUUUCCACAUCACUGACUAACUCUUCUAACACUGUGACUAUUCAGACAGACUCCACAUCCUCUCUGGUCCCUGAACUGAGGGAGACGAGCACCAUCCAGCGGAACAGCUCAGCCACAGACAAAAUCACAGUCCUUUCCAAAGAGCCCACUGCUGCUCUGACUGAGGUCUCUAGGACAGAACCCACCUCCUCCAGCAGCAUGCCCACCCCUGGCCCUGUUCAGUCUGCAGUGUCACCAGACACCACAGCAGGCAUCAUCACCAGGCCCUCUGCCUCCUCUGUCAGGACAGCAUCUGAAGAAAUGACCAUCACCACCCAAACAGGUACCCCUGGGGCUACAUCCCAGGGCACACUUUCCUUAGACACAUCAACCAAAGCCUCCGUGGUUGUGACUCAGAGUUUGACACAGUCACCCCUGACCACUCUCAUGAGCCGAGGUCCUUCCUCUGUGGAAGCAACCAGCUCUCCAUCCUCCCCAGUGCCCUUACCUGCUGGGAGGUCACCAUCCUCUGAGUCCUCCACAUUCCCAGGGAGGAGCCCCUCCUCUCCUACCCCUGCGACCUCAAUUCUCACCCAUAGCCUGGCGAAGACCACAGACAUGAUGAGCACCAGCUUGGAACCUGGAACCAGUUCACCUUCAAGUCAGAUCAGCACCAACAUUGAGAUGCUGUCCACUUCUGAAGCCCCCACAGGCACAGGGGCUCUUCGCCCUUCUGAAAACACAGCUGUGACCAAUGGGAUCAGCACAAGUUCCGGACGUGAAACACAUUCCUCUGCCCCAGCUGACUCGGAGCCACCCAGAGCCUCGUCUCCAGCGCUCGCUUCUUCCACCUCUAGCGACACCAGUGUUUCCACAUCAAUACCUCCCUCUUCCGUAACCACAACCAUUGAAACAGACUCCACAUCCUCCCUGACCCCUGAACUGAGGGACACCAGCACCAUCCAGCAGAACAGCUCAGCCACACAGGACGUCACUGUCUUUUCCAAAGUGCCCACGGGUACUACUACAGAGGUCUCAAGCAGCAUGUCUAUCCCUGGUACUUUUCAGUCCACGAUGUCACCAGACACCCCUGCAGGCAUCAUCACCAAGCCCUCUGCUGCCUCUGUCAGGACAACAUCUGCAGAAAUGACCAUCACCACCCAAACAGGUCCCCCUGGGGCUGCAUCACAGGGCACACGUACCUUGGAUGCAUCAACCAGCUCUCCAUCUUCCCCAGUGCCCUUACCGGCCGGGACAUCACCCGCCCCCGAGUCCUCCACACUCCCAGGGAGGAGCCCCGCCUCUCCUAGCCCUGGGACCUCACAUCACACGCCUGGUCUGGUGAAGACCACAGAGCCAUUUGGCACAAUUUCGGAACCAGCGGCCACUUUACCUCCCACUCUGAGUAGUACCAAAGCUGAGAUGCUUUUCACUUCCGAAUUCUCCAUAGGUUCAGCCAAAGUUUUUCCUUCCAUAUACACGACAGUGACCACUGCGGGUUCCAGCAGUUCUGGACAUGAUCGAAGCUCCUCUGUGCCAGUUUUCUCCAAGUCAUCAAGCCCCUCAUAUCCUGUUGGUACUGCGUCCACUCUGGGUGAGACCACUUUUUCCACAUCAAUGCAUUCUUCCUUUGAGACCACAGGAUUUGACACCAAGACACUUUCCCGUCUGACUCCUGGACUGAAUGAGACCAGCACAGCCCUGGCUUCCGGCUCAGAGACACUCACAAGCACACCUUCGUCUCCUGUGUCCACUCAUGUCUGGAGGAGUCCUGAGACUGACGCUACCUCCCCUGUGAAAUUAUCAGUCCCAGAUCAGCCUCUACCUUCACAAGAUACUCAGAUUCCAGUGGAAACAGUCACACGAUUUUAUGGUUCUCCUUCUGUUGCAGGGUCUGCUGGCACAGCUGUCCCCACAUCUCAUCUUUCUGUGUCUGUCACAGAAAGUACUCAUCACGCAAGCACAGAUACGCUGUCUUCAGCUGAGACCAUUCUUGCUGACGCACUGACAUCGUCUCCGUCGGAGGCCGUGGCUUCCUUUGCCACAUCUGGAGUUGCAGGUGCCAUCUCAGCCACCUUGUCAGCCAGUCCAUUUUCUAGGACAGAAUCAGGCCCUAAGGGUGCUGCUCUGUCCACCAUGGCAGAGACGCUACUUUCUUCAACAGCAUCCCCCUCUUCAAUCUUAUCUACCAGUGAUGCUUCAACCAGCCCUCUCCCCCGCUGGCUCACUUCCACACCAGCUGCCACACGUACAGCAGACUCCAGCCUCAAGGCAGAGAGCAGCACUGCCAGGGGACCGUUGGUUAUGGUCAGUACUUUGAAGACUUGGACCCAGCCAUUCAGGACAUCUCUGUCACCCAUGGCGGAUACUAGAAUGACAGAGAGUGUUGGCUUGGGACCAGUGACAAGUUCUCAAGUUCUUCCACACUCAACACGGUUGACAAGGACUGAUGGCAUUGUGAAGAGCAUCACAAAGAUACCCAAUGAAGCAGUGCAUGGAGGUACCACAGUCCAUGUCCCCUUGGCAUCCACAUCUGCUGGUCUUAGAGGUACCACAACAGGAAUGAUUGUCACAACCCCAGAUGUUCCAAAGAUGACAGCUUCAUUGGCCACCAGACCUGGAGAAGAGACCAGCACAGCAGUUCCCAUGACAACCCCAUCUAUUUUCAGUGGAGGGCCAGAGACUACACCCUCACUGGUCCCUCGUUCUGGGGCAGAGACCAGUGCAGCUGUUCCAGCGCUGACCGUUUCCUUUGGUGAGCCAGAGACCACAACCUCACGGGUCACCCAUCCUGCAGGGACCAGCCCAACCGUUUCGAGGGCAGUCCUCAACGUUUCUCAUGGUGCAUCAGCUGGCACACCCACAACAGCUACACGUUCCGGGGAAGAAGUCAGUUCAGCUAUUCCAGCUCCAGCCGUCUCCCCUGAUGUACUGGGAAUGGUGACCUCACUGGUUACUAGUCCUGGGACAGAGACCAGCCCAGCUCUUCAAACUCUGGCUAUUUCCCGUGGGAAGCCAGAGACCAGCACACCUGCUUCCAAAACAACUCUGAAUUUUUCUCCUAGUGAAUUAGACACCACAUCUUCAACAGCCGUCAGUCAUGGGGCAGAAGCCAGUUCAGCCACCCCAGUGAUGACUGUCUCACCCAGCACACUGGCUACGGUGACCUCACUGGUCAUUGGUUCUGGGACAGACACCAGGACAACUGUUUCACCUCUAGCUGAGUCCCUGCGUGAAUCAGAGUCAACAGUCUCCUUGGUCGCCCACCCUGCAGAGACCAGCCCGCCUGUUCCCAGGACAACCUCUGAUGUUUCCCAUGGUGACUUGGACACCAGACCCUCAAUGGCCACCAGCCUUGGGACAGAAGCCAGUUCAGCUCUUCCAGCUACACUUCUCUCCUCUCGUGUACCGGAUACGUCGACCUCACAGGCCACUAGUUCUGAAAAAUAUACCAGUUCAGCCAUCCCAACUCUGACUGUCUCUCCUGGUGAGCCAGAUGCUACAGUCUCACUAGUUACCCAUCCUGGGGCACAGAUCACUUCAGCCAUCCCAACUGUGACUGUCUCUCCUGGAGUAUCAGAGGCAGAAACCUCACUGGUCACCAGUUCUGGGGCAGAGACCAGUACAACUUUUCCAACUCUGACUGAUUCCACGCACAAGCCAGAGACAACAGCCUCAACAGCCACCAGUCCUGGAGCAGAAGUCAGUUCAGCUGUCCCAGCUACGGCUGUCUCCCCUGGUGUACCAGGGAUGGUGACCUCACUCGCUACUUAUUCUGGAGCAGAGACCAGUACAACUCUUCCAGCUCUGACUGAUUCCCCACAGGAACCAGAAACCACAGCUUCACGGGUCACCCGCUCUGGGAAAGAAGGUAGUUCAGCCAUUCCGACUAUGACAGUUUCCCUUGGGAAGCCAGAGACAACAGUGUCAUUGCUCAUCCAUCCUGAAGAGACCAGCCCCACUGUUCCCAGGACAACCUCCAAUGUUCCCUAUAGUGAAUCAGACACCACACCCUCAAUGGCCACCAGUCCUGGGACAAAAGCCAGUUCAGCUUUCCCAGCUACAACUGCCUCGCCAGGUGUACCAGGGAUGGUGACCUCCCUGGUUACCAGUUCUGGGGCAGAGACCAGUACAACUUUUCCAACUCUGACUGAUUCCAUGCACAAACCAGAGACAGCAGCCUCCUGGGUCACCCAUUCUGGGACAGAAACCAGUUCAGCUGUUCCAACUCUGACUUCAGUUUCCCCUGGAGAGCCAGAGACAACAGUCUCAUUGGUCACCCAUCCUGAGGAGACCAGCCCAGCUGCACCCAGGACAACACCCAAUGUUUCCCAUGGUAAAUCAGACACCACACCCUCAGUGGGAACCAGUCUUGAGGCAAAAGCCAGUUCAGCUGUCCCAGCUACGACUGUCUCCCCUCAUAUGUCAGAAGUGGUGACCUCAGAGGUCACUAGUUCUGGGGCAGAAACCAGUACAACUUUUCCAACUCUGAUUGCUUCCCCACGUCAACUGGAAACCACAGCCUCAUGGGUGAUCCAUUCUGGGACAGAAGCCAGUUCAGCUGUUCCAACUAUGACUGUUUCCCCUGGGAAGCAAGAGACAACAUUCUUACUGGCCACCCAUCCGGAAGAGACCAGCCCAGCUGUACCCAGGACAACACCCAGUGUUUCCCAUAGUGAAUCAGAUACCACACACUCAGUGGCCACCAGUCCUGGGACAAAAGCCAGCUCAGCUGUCCCAGCUACGACUGUUUCCCCUCAUAUAUCAGAAGCAGUGACCUCAGAGGUCACUAGUUCUGGGGCAGAAACCAGUACAACUUUUCCAACUCUGAUUGCUUCCCCACGUCAGUUGGAAACCACAGCCUCAUGGCCAGCUACAACAGUCUUACUGGUCACUCAUCCUUCAGAGACCAGCCCAGCUCUUCCCCGGACAAGCCCCAGUGUUUCCCAUAGUGAAUUAGAUAGCACAUCCUCAGUGGUCUCCAGUCCUGGGGCAAAAACCAGUUCAGCUGUUCCAACUCCAACUGUCUCCCGUGGUGUACCGGGUAGGGUGACGUCACAGGUCACUAGCACUAAGACAGAUGCUAGUAUGGCUGUUCCAACUCUGACACUUUCUCCUGGUGAACCAGUGACCACAGCCUCGCUGGUCACUCAUCCUGGGGUGCAGACCAGUUCAGCAACUCCAACUCCAACUGUCUCCUCUACUGUGCCAGGGCUGAUGACCUCACUGGUCACCAGUUCUGGGGCAGAGACCAGUACAACUUUUCUAAUUCCAACUGAUUCCCCACACAAAUCAAAGACAACAGCCUCAUGGGUCACCCAUUCCAAAGAGACCAGUACACCUGUUUCUAGAACAACUCCAGGUUUUUCUCACAGUAGAUCAGACACCAUGCCCUCAACUGCUACCAGUUCUGAGGCAGAAGCCAGUUCAGCUGUUCCAACUCCGACUGUCUCCCCUGGUGGGCCACAUAUGGUGACCUCACUGGUCACUAGAUCUGCAGCAGACAUCAGUACAACUUUUAGAACUCUGACUGGUUCCACGCACAAACCAGAGACAACAGCCUCAUGGACAACAGUCUCAUUGGUCACCCAUCCUGAAGAGACCAGCCCAACUGUUCCCCGGACAACCCCCAGUGUUUCCCAUGGUGAGUCAGACACCACAUUCUCAACAGCCACUAGUCUUGGGGCCAAGGUCAGUUCAGCUGUCCCAGCUACAACUGCCUCCCCUGGUGCACCAGGGACGGUGACUUCACUGGUUACCGAUUCUGGGACAGAGACCAGUACAGCUUUUCCAACUCUGACUGAUUCCCCGCGCAAACCAGAGACCACAGCCUCGUGGGUCACCCGUUCGGAGACAGAAGCCAGUUCAGCUAUUCCAACGAUGACCGUUUCUGCUGGGGAGCCAGAGACAACAGUCUUAUUGGUCACACAUCCUGCAGAGACCAGCCCAACUGCUCCCAGGACAACCGCCAGUGUUUCCCAUAGGGAAUCGGACUCCACAUUCUCCAUGGCCACCGGUCUUGGGGCAGAAGUCGGUUCAGCUGUUCCAACUCCUACUGUCUCCCCUGGGGUACCAGGGAUGGUGACCUCCCGGGCCACUAGUUCUGAGACAGAUGCCAGUACAGCUACUCUACCUCUGACUAUUUCUCCCAGUGAGCCAGCAGCCACGGCCUUACUGGCCACCCAUUCCAGGGCAGAGACAAGCACACAAUUUCCUGCUUUGACUAUUUUUCCACAUUUACCGGAAACCACAGCCUCACCGUCCAUCCGACCUGGGUCGGAGACUGGUCCAGCUCUUCCAGUUUCUCUCAGUCCGCCAGAAACCACAGCCUCUCCCUUCAGCACGCCUGUGACGGGGACAGCCAGCGUUGAUCUGGGUCUGACUGUUCCGUCUGGUAUCCCUGCAGGAACAGCCUCACCCUCCACCCAUCCUGGGACACACAGCAGCACGGCUGUUUCAACUUCAGCUCUUCCCCAUGGUUCGCCAGAGACCACAGGCUUACAGCCCACCCGUCCGGCAGCAGGGGCCAGUACAAGCGUCCCAGCUCUGACUGUUCCCCCUGGCGUUCGGGGGCCUUCCAGCACCCCUGCGACGACUGUUGAGCCUUACACCGUAACUUCCUGGGGCACAGAGCCCUCACCAUCUGCGACCUCAGUUGGACUCCCAGAAUCUUCCAAGACUGUUCCAGGGGACACUGUGACCUUGAUAACAUCAGAGACCUCAGCACCACCUAAAAUCAGUCACGGAGAAGAAUUAGGUACAACCACUAGCCUGAAAACCACCACUGUUGAGACCACUCAUCUAGCUGCCACACGUUCAGGCCCCACUGUGGCCGAGACCACAGCCACCUUCAGUCCGCUGGCUGGAAGUCCUUUUGUCCCUGUGACCACACCUGGAAUGUCCACCUUGGCCUCUGUGAGUGUGACAUCAGGAACAACUGCAGUUCCUUUCUUGAUGCCUUUCACUGUCAACUUCACCAUCACCAGCCUGCACUACACGGAGGACAUGGGGAACUCAGAGUCUGAGAUAUUCGGUGCCACUGAGAGAGACCUGCAGCACGUGCUCAGGCCGUUGUUCAAAAACAGCAGCAUUGGUUCCCUGUAUGCUGGCUGCCGACUGGCCUUGCUCAGGGCUGAUGAAGACGGAGGAAGUACCAGAAUGGAUGCGGUCUGCACCUACCGCCCAGAUCCCACAGGCUUCAGGCUGGACAGAGAACGGCUGUACUGGGAGCUGAGCCAGCAGACCCGUGGUGUCACUAGGCUGGGCCCCUUCACCCUGGACAGGGACAGUCUGUACAUCAAUGGAUAUAACCAUCGGUCCUGGAUUCCGGCCACUCGCACUCCAGUGACCACCACAUUCUCUCCAGGACCCCCAGCAUCUCUGACCCCCGUCCCCAGCUCUACAGACAUGGGCCCAGCCCUGCUGCUGUUCACCCUUAAUUUCACCGUCACCAACCUGCUCUUUAUCCCUGACAUGGGGCACCGAGGUUCUGCGAAGUUCAGCUCCACGGAGAAGACCCUGAAUCACCUGCUUGGUCCUGUGUUCAGGACCACCAGCAUCGGCCCACUGUACACUGGCUGCAGGCUGACCCGGCUCAGGACUGAGAAGGAUGGGGCAGCAACUGGAGUGGACGCCAUCUGCACCUACCAUCCUGACCCCUCGCGUCCUGGCCUGGACCGAGAAAAGUUGUACCAGGAGCUGAGUCAGCUGACUCAUGGUGUCACCCGGCUGGGCACCUACACCCUGGACAGUAACACUCUCUAUGUCAAUGGCUACCACCGUCAGUCCUGGCCCCCUACCACCAGCACUCCAGUGACUUCUACAUUCUCUCCAGAACCUUCCUCAUCUCUGGCCCUCAUCCUCAGCUCCACAGCAGCAGUCCCUUUCCUGGUGCCUUUCACUGUCAACUUCACCAUCACCAACCUGCGCUACGAAGAGGACAUGCAGCUCCCAGGCUCCUGGAAAUUUAACGCCACGGAGAGGAUCCUGCAGGAGCUGCUCAAACCUGCGUUCAAGAACAGCAGUCUGGGAUUCCUCUACUCAGGCUGCGGACUAGCCUCGCUCAGGCCUGAAAAGGACGGGGCAGCCACCAGAGUGGACGCCAUCUGCAUGCAUCGCCCUGACCCUGAAGGCUCUGGGCUGGACAGAGAGCAGCUGUACUGGGAGCUGAGCCAGUGGACCCACAGCGUCACCCGGCUGGGCCCCUACAUGCUGGACCGGGACAGCCUCUAUGUCAAUGGUUUUACCCAUCAGAUCUCUGCACUCAGCACCAGCACUCCUGGGACCUCUGCAGGGGACCUGGGAACCUCUGGGACUCCGUUCUCCUUCUCCAGCCCCACAGCCACGAGCCCUACCCUGGUGCCGUUCACCCUCAAUAUGACCAUCACAAACCUGCAGUACACGCCAGACAUGGGGCGUCCAGGAUCGGCCAAGUUCAACAUGACGGAGGAGGUCCUGCGGCACACUCUUGGUUCUCUGCUGAAGAGCACCAGUAUCGGCCCACUGCAUUCUGGCUGCAGACUGACUGCACUCAGGCCUGAGAAGAAUGGCUCAGCCACGGGAGUGGAUGCGGUCUGCACGCAUCGCCCUGAGCCCACGGGCCCCAGGCUGCACAGGGAGUGGCUGUACUGGGAGCUCAGCCUGCUGACCCAUGGUGUCACCCAGCUGGGCCCCUACACCCUGGACCAGGACAGUCUCUAUGUCAGUGGUUACAUCCAUCACACCUCAGCCACCACUCCGAACAGUAACCCCAGGAAACCUCAGCAUUUCCAUGGCCUAAACUGGACAUCUUUCUCUUCCUCCUCCACUGCAGCUGCUGACCUUCACCUGGUGUCCUUCACCCUGAACUUCACCAUCACCAACGUGUACUACACAGAGGACAUGGGGCACCCAGCUUCUCUGAAGUUCAGCUCUACCGAGAGGAUCUUACAGCACCAACUCAGGGCCUUGCUCAGUAAAACCAGUGUCGGCCCCCUCGACGCUGGCUGCAGGCUGGAGUCGCUCAGGCGUGAAAAGGGUGGAGCAGCCACUGGUGUGGACAUGGUCUGCACCUUGCACUCUGACCCCGCGGCACCCGGGCUGGACAGAGAGCGGCUGUACUGGGAGCUGAGCCACGAGACCCACGGCGUCAGCCAGCUGGGCUCCUUCACCCUGGAUGGGGACAGCCUCUACGUCAACGGUUACACCUAUGGACCCGCAGCCGCCACCACCCCCACUGAAGAGGUCAGUAAGGAGCCAUUCACGCUGAACUUCACCAUCGACAACCUGCGCUUUUCGGCAGACAUGGGCCGCCCCAGCUCCCUCAAGUUCAACAUCACAGACACCCUCAUGCAGCACCUGCUCAGCCCGUUGUUCCAGAGGAGCAGCCUGGGUGCCCGCUAUGCGGGCUGCAGGGUCACCUCGCUAAGGUCUGUGAAGAAUGGCGCCAAGACAGGGGUGGACAUCCUCUGCACCUACCAGCAGCCCUCCAGCGGCCCGGGUCUGCCUGCCAAGCAGGUGUUCCAUGAACUGAGCAGACAGACCCGUGGCAUCACCCAGCUGGGCCCCUAUUCUCUGGACAAGGACAGUCUCUACCUCAAUGGUUAUCAUGAACGUGGUCCAGAUGAGCCUCCGACAACUCCUGAACCAUCCACUACAUUCCUGCCUACUUCAUCAUCACCUGUGCAACCAGAAUCCACCACAGCUGUGGGACACAACCUGAAGACCCUCACACUCAACUUCACCAUCUCCAACCUUCCAUAUUCACCAGAUGCGAGCAGUGGCUCAGCCAUAUUCAACUCCACCGAAAGGGUCCUGCAGCGCCUGCUUGGCUCCUUAUUCCAGAAGACCAGCCUGGGCCCCUCCUACUCGGGUUGCAGCCUGAUCUCCCUCAGACCUGGGAAGGAUGGUGCAGCCACCAGCGUGCAUGCCGCCUGCACCUACCACCCUGACCCCUCGGGCCGCAGGCUGGACAGAGAGCAGCUUUACUGGGAGCUGAACCAGCUGACCAGUGGUGUCACCCAGAUGGGCCUCUACACCCUGGUCAAGGACAGCCUCUUCGUCAAUGGCUAUGCGCCCCAGAGUUCCUCUAUCCGGAGUGAGUACCAGCUAAAUUUCCGCAUCGUCAACUGGAACCUCAGCAACCCAGACGCCACGUCCUCAGAGUACAUCGCCCUGCUGAGGGACAUCCAGGACAAGGUCACCACACUCUACAGAAGCAGCCAGCUACAAGACGUAUUCCGCUUCUGCCUGGUCACCAACUUGACGUUGGAUUCCAUGUCAGUCACCAUCAAGGCACUGCUCUCCUCCAGCCGGGACCCUGGUGUGCUGAAGCAAGUGUUUCUAGACAAGACCCUGAACGCCUCAUCCCACUGGUUGGGUGCCACCUACCAGCUGACAGAUGUGCAUGUGACAGAAAUAGAGCCAGUUCGUCUACCAACAGACCAACCAACAAGCAGUCCCAGCUUCCAGCACUUCCUGCUGAAUUUUACUGUCACCAACAUACUCUAUUCCCAGGACAUAGCCCAGCCAGGCACCACCGAACACCAGCGGAACAAGAGAAAUAUUGAGGAUGCGCUCAACUGGCUCUUCCGAAACAGCAGCAUUGAGAGUUAUUUUUCUGACUGUCAAGUCUUAGCAUUCAGGUCUGUCCCCCACAGCAACCACACUGGGGUGGACUCUGUGUGUAACGUCUCACCAUUGGCUCGGAGACUAGACAGUGUUACCAUCUAUGAGGAAUUCUUGCGGCUGACCAAGAACGGUACCCAGCUGCAGAAUUUUACCCUGGACAGGAACAGUAUCCUUGUGGAUGGGUAUUCUCCCCAAAGAAACGACGUCUUGACUGAGAAUUCUGACCUCCCCUUCUGGGCCAUCAUCCUCAUCUGCCUGGCGGGACUCCUGGUGCUCAUCACAUGCCUGAUCUGCUGUUUCCUGGUCACAGUCAGGCGGAAGAAGGAGGGAGACUACGAGGUUCAGCAGCAAUGCCUGGGCUACUACCUGCCGCACCCAGACCUGAGGAAGCUACAAUGAUGACACCUGCCAGAGCCCCCCCCCCUUUCCCAGUCAGGUUCCCAAGGGGCUUUGGCUGGACGAGAAAUAAACCACAUUGGUCAGACACAACCUCUGGGCCUUUCUUGACUUGGCCCCUGACUGGUUCACAGUGGACUAAGAUAAAACUUUUCCCCUUCUUUAAGUCCUAAAGACAACUUCAACUUCUGUCUGGUGGUUUCACACCAUUUCCUCCCUCAGGGACACCAGCACUGGUGAAACAAGCACAGACGCAGCCAACGUACAAAAUCGACGUCACACUUCAGUGUGCGGUUCCCCUACCCAGUCGCCCACUCCACUUCUCCACUCGUGCAGCUGUCACCCCAUCUUCAGUCCUCCAUAUUCUGCACCUCUUUCCCCAAAGCCCUACAAGUCCCAAGUUCUCUUGCACUAGACUCUGAUGUGCAUAUUCACAAGGAUGUCCAGAAAAUCUGCCUUGGUGGCUUCUCUCCCUCAUCAUGGGUCUUGCAAGAUGGAAAACAGAUCAAGAAGGAAUGAGUAGCUCAGACAUGACACUGCCAUUAGCCUUGGGACCUGGGAGCUGAAAUGACUGGGUGUCUGGGAAGACUGAAUCCCAGAGUAGUAACCAACUGUAGAAAGAUGGUGUCUGUGUUGGAUGUAAAAAUGAAUAAAACUCAGGGGAAAGCUCUGAGAGAAAUGAAA